AUGAGCCGCCAAUUCACCUGCAAGUCAGGAGCUGCCACCAAAGGGGGCUUCAGCGGCUGCUCGGCUGUGCUCUCUGGGAGCAGCACGUCCUCCUACCGGGCAGGGGGCAAAGGGCUCAGUGGGGGCUUCAGCAGUCGGAGCCUUUACAGCCUGGGGGGUGCCCGGAGCAUCUCUUUCAAUGUGGCCAGUGGCAGCGGAAAGAGCGGAGGUUAUGGAUUUGGCCGGGGCCGGGCCAGCGGUUUUGCUGGCAGCAUGUUUGGCAGUGUGACCCUGGGACCUGUGUGCCCAACCGUGUGCCCACCUGGAGGCAUCCACCAGGUCACCGUCAAUGAGAGCCUCCUGGCUCCCCUCAAUGUGGAGCUGGACCCCGAGAUCCAGAAAGUGCGUGCCCAGGAGCGGGAGCAGAUCAAGGCACUGAACAACAAGUUCGCCUCCUUCAUUGACAAGGUGCGGUUCCUGGAGCAGCAGAACCAGGUGCUGGAGACCAAGUGGGAGCUGCUGCAGCAGCUGGACCUGAACAACUGCAAGAACAACCUGGAGCCUGUGUACGAGGGCUACAUCAGCACCCUGCGGAAGCAGCUGGAGACGCUGUCCGGGGACAGGGUGAGGCUGGACUCGGAGCUGAGGAAUGUGCGGGAUGUGGUGGAGGACUACAAGAAGAGGUAUGAGGAAGAAAUCAACAGGCGGACAGCUGCAGAGAAUGAGUUUGUGCUGCUCAAGAAGGAUGUGGAUGCAGCUUAUGCCAAUAAGGUGGAACUUCAGGCCAAGGUGGACUCCAUGGACCAGGAGAUCAAGUUCUUCAAGUGUCUCUUUGAAGCCGAGAUCAAUCAGAUUCAGUCCCACAUCAGCGACACAUCUGUCAUCCUGUCCAUGGACAACAACCGUGACCUGAACCUGGACAGCAUCAUUGAUGAGGUCCGGGCCCAGUAUGAGGAGAUUGCCCUGAAGAGCAAGGCUGAGGCUGAGGCCCUGUACCAGACUAAGUUCCAGGAACUGCAGCUGGCAGCUGGCCGCCAUGGGGACGACCUCAAAAACACCAAGAACGAAAUCUCAGAGCUUACCCGGCUCAUCCAGAGAAUCCGCUCAGAGAUUGAAAAUGUGAAGAAGCAGGCUUCCAACCUGGAGACAGCCAUCGCCGAUGCUGAGCAGCGGGGAGACAAUGCCCUGAAGGAUGCCCGGGCCAAGCUGGACGAGCUGGAGGGCGCCCUGCACCAGGCCAAGGAGGAGCUGGCCCGGAUGCUGCGCGAGUACCAGGAGCUCAUGAGCCUGAAGCUGGCCCUGGACAUGGAGAUCGCCACCUACCGCAAGCUGCUGGAGAGCGAGGAGUGCAGGAUGUCAGGAGAGUAUACUUCCCCUGUCAGCAUCUCCAUCAUCAGUAGCACCAGCGGCAGCAGUGGCUAUGGCUUCCGGCCCAGCUCGGUCAGUGGCGGCUAUGUGGCCAACAGCAGCAGCUGCAUCUCUGGAGUGUGCAGCGUCCGUGGCGGGGAAAGCCGGAGCCGAGGCAGUGCCAGCGACUACAGGGAUUCCUUGGGGAAGGGCUCCAGCCUGGGUGCUCCCUCCAAGAAAGCUAGUCGGUAG